AUUUAACAAUUCUGAUUACAGUGUAUAUAGUACACAUAUACUUAUUUGCUUACUUAGAUAUAUUAAUUGAUAGCAAAUAGUGUUCAUAUAUUGGUUAUUAUGAAGUGCAAAUUAUUGGCCAUUAAUAAAUUUUUAUUAAUGAUAUAUAUUAUAUAAAAUAAUUAAAUAAAAUGUAUAAUAAAAAUAUGUAUUAUUAUGUACUUAAUGUCUAUUUUCUUUCACCAUUAUUAAGAAAACACAGGCCAAAGUUAUUUUGGGUAUACAUUGAAGGUUGGCUGUCAACCUCAGAAAUUCUACUUCUUCAAUUUAAUAUAUAAAAAAGAUUUUGAUUAAAUUUAUUUAAAAAUGGACUCGGAUUCUACAGAAAUGGUGAAAGAAAUCAAAGACAAGGUAAUAUUACAUUGGAAUUGUCGAGGUCUUGUGGAAUUUCCUGAAGCAAUAAGAAUCUAUGGAAGUCAUAUUCAAGAAAUAUAUUUAAAAUGGAAUAAAAUUACUACCUUACCUUCAUGGAUUAUAGAACUUUUUAAUGUUACUAAUUUAUAUGUUUAUGGAAAUCUGAUAAAGGAAGUACCUCCAGAACUUUGUCAAAUGAAUCAAUUAACAGUUCUUGAUUUAAGUGCUAAUAAAUUAGAGCAAAUAUCCCCUUAUAUAGGAAAUUUAAUAAGCUUAAAAUCUUUAUUACUAAAUGAAAAUUUUAUAGAUAAAUUACCAAAUGAAAUGAAUCAAAUGCAUAACUUAGAAAUUUUAUCUAUUUCUGGAAAUAAAUUUGUUGCACUACCAGAAUGGAUUGGUUCUUUACCUAAAUUAAAAGAAUUAAAUGCAGAUAAUAAUUGUCUUAAAGAACUUCCAAAUAGAUUAACUUUAUCUCCACAGCUGUCAAUUAUUUCUGUAUGUUCUAACAGGCUAAGAUAUUUACCAUUAAAUGGAUUUGUAUCUUCUCCUUGCAUUAAAUUUGAUGCAAAUGUAUAUUUAAAUUAUUUGUCUUAUCCACUUCUUUAUCAAUUAACAUCUCAAAUUCAAUAUUCAUUUAUUCAAGAUCAAAGAAAUAUUUUGGCUUAUGGAUGCUUUGCAACAUGUUAUGAAAAUACUACAUUACAUACAAAUAUUAAAUUAAAAAUUAAAAUAAAUGAAAAGGAUACUGACUUUAUAAUAGAAUUACCACGUCAGCUUUUAAAAGUUCAUAAUAUACUUGAAAAUACAGUUAUUUCUUUAUGGGAAUUAUCUUUGAGAAAAGUUUAUACCGAAAGGUAUAAACAUACACUUAAUAUUUCUAUAUCACCUAUAAGCAUAAAUGUUCAAUAUGAACCAAUUCAAAUAAAAAAUUGUCAAAAAUUUGAUUUUAAUGUUUCAUGUAACUUAUUAAUGAAUGGUCCAAUAAGUAUUUGUGUAAAUUUUCAAUGUCAACAACCAAUUUUUACAGAAGCUUGGAUUAUUAUUGGUAUGAAUUAUUAUGGAGAAGCUAUAACAACAGUUGCAUUAUGUUGCUGUAAAAGAUGUGCAGCUGAAUUCUCAAAACAUUCUAAUAUGACAGUUAGACAUACUUGGUACUGUAUAAAUUAAUAAUAUUAUUUAGAAAAUAAUCCUGUAAAUAUAUUACAUUAAAAAAAUAAGAAUUUAAUGUUUUCAAAUUA